AUGAGCAGUGUUAAGAAAUUGGCCGGUCUGAGAGAUAAUUUCAGUUUGCUCGGUGAAAAGAAUAAGAUCUUAGUAGCCAAUAGAGGUGAAAUCCCGAUCAGAAUUUUCAGAUCCGCUCAUGAGCUGUCCAUGAGAACCAUUGCAAUAUAUUCGCAUGAAGACCGUCUUUCGAUGCAUAGGUUGAAGGCGGACGAAGCGUAUGUUAUCGGAGAAGAGGGUCAAUACACGCCCGUGGGUGCGUACUUGGCCAUGGACGAGAUCAUUGAAAUUGCGAAGAAGCAUAAGGUGGAUUUUAUUCAUCCAGGUUAUGGGUUCCUGUCUGAAAAUUCUGAAUUCGCUGACAAAGUGGUGAAAGCAGGUAUCACUUGGAUUGGGCCUCCUGCUGAAGUCAUUAAUUCCGUAGGUGACAAAGUUUCUGCGAGAAACUUGGCAGCAAGAGCUAAUGUGCCUACCGUUCCUGGUACUCCAGGACCUAUUGAAACAGUGCAAGAGGCACUUGACUUUGUCAAUGAGUAUGGCUACCCGGUGAUCAUUAAAGCCGCCUUUGGUGGUGGUGGUAGAGGUAUGAGAGUCGUAAGAGAAGGUGACGACGUUGCUGAUGCUUUUCAACGUGCUACCUCUGAGGCCCGUACUGCCUUUGGCAACGGUACAUGUUUUGUGGAAAGGUUCUUAGACAAGCCAAAGCAUAUUGAAGUUCAACUAUUAGCAGACAAUCACGGAAAUGUGGUUCAUCUUUUUGAAAGAGACUGUUCUGUGCAAAGGAGACAUCAAAAGGUUGUCGAAGUGGCACCAGCAAAGACUCUGCCUCGCGAAGUCCGUGAUGCUAUUUUGACAGAUGCUGUUAAAUUGGCUAAAGUCUGUGGGUACAGAAACGCAGGUACUGCAGAAUUUUUGGUUGACAGCCAAAAUAGACACUAUUUCAUUGAAAUUAACCCAAGAAUCCAAGUUGAGCACACAAUCACGGAAGAAAUCACCGGUAUUGACAUUGUUUCUGCACAAAUUCAGAUUGCUGCAGGUGCCACCUUAAGUCAGUUAGGUCUAUUCCAGGAUAAAAUUACAACUCGUGGGUUCUCCAUCCAGUGCCGUAUCACCACGGAAGAUCCUUCAAAGAAUUUCCAACCAGAUACUGGCCGCUUGGAGGUAUAUCGUUCUGCCGGUGGUAAUGGUGUUAGAUUAGACGGUGGUAAUGCCUACGCCGGUGCCACUAUCUCUCCCCACUACGAUUCAAUGUUGGUCAAAUGUUCCUGUUCUGGAUCCACAUAUGAAAUCGUUCGUAGGAAAAUGAUCCGUGCGUUGAUUGAAUUCAGAAUAAGAGGUGUCAAGACCAACAUUCCUUUCCUAUUGACUCUUUUGACCAAUCCAGUCUUUAUUGACGGUACAUAUUGGACAACUUUUAUUGAUGACACACCACAACUGUUCCAAAUGGUCUCAUCGAAAAACAGAGCCCAAAAAUUGUUACACUAUUUGGCAGACUUGGCUGUCAAUGGACCAUCCAUUAAGGGACAAAUUGGUUUGCCAAAGUUGAAAUCAAACCCAAGUGUCCCUCUGUUGCACGAUGCUCAAGGUAAUGUUAUAAACGUUGUGAAUAUUGCACCACCUUCUGGGUGGAGACAAGUUCUACUGGAAAAGGGACCAGCUGAAUUUGCCAAGCAAGUGAGACAAUUCAACGGUACCCUGUUGAUGGACACCACAUGGAGAGAUGCUCAUCAAUCCCUACUCGCAACAAGGGUUAGAACCCAUGAUUUAGCUACAAUCGCUCCAACUACUGCACAUGCUCUUGCAGGUGCCUUUGCUCUGGAAUGUUGGGGUGGUGCUACAUUCGAUGUCGCCAUGAGAUUCUUGCACGAAGAUCCAUGGGAACGUUUAAGAAAGUUAAGAGCUUUGGUGCCCAAUAUUCCAUUCCAAAUGUUAUUACGUGGUGCCAAUGGUGUAGCUUACUCUUCGUUGCCUGACAACGCAAUUGACCAUUUCGUCAAGCAGGCCAAAGAUAACGGUGUUGACAUAUUCAGAGUCUUUGAUGCUUUGAAUGAUUUAGAACAACUAAAAGUCGGUGUGGAUGCCGUCAAGAAGGCCGGUGGUGUAGUUGAAGCUACUGUUUGUUAUUCCGGCGACAUGUUACAACCAGGUAAGAAAUAUAACUUGGAUUACUAUUUAGAAGUCGUUGACAAGAUAGUCCAAAUGGGUACUCAUAUCUUGGGUAUUAAGGAUAUGGCAGGUACUAUGAAACCAGCCGCUGCCAAACUAUUAAUCGGGUCUUUAAGAACUAGAUAUCCAAACUUGCCAAUUCAUGUUCAUAGUCAUGACUCUGCAGGUACCGCUGUUGCAUCUAUGUCUGCAUGUGCUCUUGCAGGUGCUGAUGUUGUUGAUGUCGCUAUCAACUCGAUGUCAGGUUUAACUUCUCAACCAUCAAUUAAUGCUUUGUUGGCAUCAUUGGAAGGUAACAUCGAUACCGGUAUUAACGUUGAGCAUGUUCGUGAAUUAGACGCCUACUGGGCAGAAAUGAGAUUAUUAUAUUCUUGUUUCGAAGCUGACUUAAAGGGCCCUGAUCCAGAAGUUUACCAACAUGAAAUCCCAGGUGGUCAAUUAACCAAUUUAUUGUUUCAAGCUCAACAAUUGGGUCUCGGUGAACAAUGGGCUGAGACCAAGAAAGCCUAUAGAGAAGCUAAUUACUUAUUGGGUGAUAUUGUUAAAGUUACUCCAACUUCUAAGGUUGUCGGUGAUUUAGCUCAAUUCAUGGUCUCUAACAAGUUGACUCCCGACGAUAUCAAACGUUUGGCUAAUUCUUUGGACUUCCCUGACUCUGUUAUGGACUUUUUUGAAGGUUUAAUUGGUCAACCAUACGGUGGGUUCCCGGAACCACUAAGGUCUGAUGUAUUAAGAAACAAGAGAAGAAAGUUGACGUGUCGUCCAGGUUUGGAAUUGGAACCAUUUGAUCUUGAAAAAAUUAGAGAAGACUUGCAAAAUAGGUUUGGCGAUAUCGAUGAAUGCGAUGUUGCUUCGUACAAUAUGUACCCAAGGGUUUAUGAAGAUUUCCAAAAAAUGAGAGAAACAUACGGCGAUUUAUCAGUACUGCCAACCAAGAAUUUCUUAGCUCCAGCAGAACCAGAUGAGGAAAUCGAAGUCACAAUCGAACAAGGUAAGACUUUAAUUAUCAAAUUACAAGCUGUUGGUGACUUGAAUAAAAAGACUGGUCAAAGAGAAGUGUAUUUCGAAUUGAACGGUGAACUAAGAAAAAUUCGUGUCGCAGACAAAUCGCAAAACAUACAAUCUGUUGCUAAACCAAAGGCAGACGUACAUGACUCCCAUCAAAUCGGUGCACCAAUGGCGGGUGUUAUUAUAGAAGUUAAAGUACACAAAGGCUCCUUAGUGAAAAAGGGUGAAUCGAUUGCUGUUUUGAGUGCCAUGAAAAUGGAAAUGGUUGUCUCUUCACCAGCAGAUGGUCAAGUUAAAGACGUUUUCAUUAAGGAUGGUGAAAGUGUUGACGCCUCAGAUUUACUUGUUGUUCUAGAGGAAGAAACUCUACCCCCAUCUCAAAAAAAUUAA